AAACAUAGCUCUGUAGUAGCUAAUCUAUCAAGUGAACUGCUUCUAUUUGUAUUAAAAUUACGAUACACAAUGUGGAUAUACGGAAGAUAUCAGUGUGUAUGCUAAUAAGAAAAAAAAUCUACUAGCUUUCAAUGUAAUAAAAAAAGUUUUUUUAAUGAGUUUAUCUUCGAUAGUACGGCAUUGUGACUGUGUUCGUUAGGGGAGAACGUGGGGUCGCUCUGUGAUUGUGACAUGAUUUUCCCGUCCCUAAAGAGUUUUCCCCUAGUUUCCUGUGAUUUAAGUUUGCAACAUGAAACCCUCGCCGUGCACGAUAAUGACUUUUUUCAUAGGUAUAGCAGAAAUCUGUUACAUGCCAGCUCCGAUAGGCGAAUGUAUCAACUGUUGUCUGAGAGAUGACGGCAUUGACAUCCAGUACAAGCUAUUCAACAGAGCGCAUCCUACGACGUUCCAUACAGUCCCAUCAAAUAAUUUAACAGAGUUGUCCAGAACUGAUUUCGACAUCUCAAAGCCAACCGUAAUCUACGUAAUGGGCUUCUCAGAGGCUAUCACAGGAGCAAGCACUAUAACUAUAAGAGAUGAAUAUCUAGCGACCAGUGAUUGUAAUUUUAUCUCUGUGGAUUGGUCACGUCUUAUGCCAUUCCCUUGGUACGUUACAGCAGUUAAGAACACUCGAUACAUGGGAGCAAAACUAGCAGACUUUAUACAGUAUCUAGACACAGUAGGCUCGAGGGCAUCGUCAUUACAUGUGGUAGGAUUUUCUUUAGGAGCCGAAGCCGCGGGCUUUGCGGGAAAGAUGUUGAAAUCGAGAGGUCUGCAAAUAGGCAGGAUAACUGGAUUGGACCCUGCUUACCCAGGCUACACCUUCACGAACGCAGAUGGUCAUUUGUCUAAAGGUGACGCCGCCUUCGUGGAUGUCAUUCACACAAAUCCCGGAAUCUUCGGCUUCCUGACUCCGAUCGGGGAUGUCGACUUUUAUCCUAAUUACGGAUCCUGGAUCCAGCCGGGAUGCUGGGUUGAUCAGCUCGUUAAGAAUAUGGAAGUGAAAUAUAUUUAUGGCUGCAGUCACAUUCGAGCGUGGCGGUACUACGCAGAGUCCCUCAGGAACCCGACUGGAUUCCCCGCCACGCUCUGCAAGACUUGGCGAAACCCCACCAGUAACUGUGGCUUCAGUGUAGACGGAUAUAUGGGCAUAGGAGCUCAACCACCGAUCAAAGGGAUAAUGUACUUGGAGACGAAUCAAUAUUCACCGUUUGCAAGGAAUGGGCCAUAAAGCAUUAAGAUAGAUAAACUUGUUUUGUUUUAAAUUAUUGUUGAAUAAUGUUUUAUUGUUUUCAAUGCUGUCUUCUA